CUUGCGUCAACAUCAUGAGUGAGCUGCCGCGGACAGGCCGUGCGGUCCACGCCGACCUCCUCGCCCUCUUUCCGUCGCCUCCAAACGACCAAUGGGAUCUCGAGAUCGUGGCGCACGCUGAGCGCUCUCUUGCAUCGUCGCUGCCUGCAGAUGACGGCAGCCUGCUGCACCUUCUCACCGAGCAGCACGGCGACGGCCUCGUGCUCGCGGUCGCCCUCGCGAUAGUCGCCGUCGAGCAGCGUCUCGCGCAGGCCGCCGACACCAGCGCGCUGCUGCAGGCGCUGCAAGAGUGCCAACGGAAAGUCGUCCAUCGACCCGUCCGAGACGAGAUCGCACACCGGAUCGGUAUCGUGCUCUUGACAAGUCGCCAUUUGCCGGCACUUGGCGCGUUGCGCACGCCCGAAAGCACUGUGCUCGAGACCGAAGGCAUGUUUCAUCUCCUUGCGACAAGCUUGGCGUCUGGUGUCGCGCUGCCCUGCCGCCUUCCUGUCGCCGCCCUCUGCCACGAUAUCGUGAACGCAAGCGCGACGCUCCCAGCACCGCUCGUGCCGCGGCUUCUCGAGAGCGUCCACCACGGUGUCGCAGCUGCGGUCCACAGUCUUUACGCCAUCUACCCCGUGUUUCUCAAGCAUACAUGGCCAUCGACGUCGUCGUUCGUCCCUUCCUUCCAUGACAUGCUCACGUCGGACGUACCUCCCGAGGCGUUGGCACCCCUCGCCGCUGCGCUGCCCCCGCUCCGCGUCUUGACGGUCGGCGUGGCCAUCGCAUGUCUCAACCUUGUUAGCAAUGUGUCCCUUGCUGCACUUGCGCUGGCGUCCAUAUCUCACGUCGCCUGUGUGCCGAGCCCCGAUACCGAGGCGCCGUUGCUGCGCAAGCUUCAGAUGCGCCUUGUCACGACAAUCCCGCCGUCGAAGAUGGAGCAGCUCGUGGCGCCGUUGCUCGUCGCCCUCGACGCGACAGACGCGCUUGUGCCGCUGGAUGCCGACUGCAUCCGGGGCCCGCAGCUUGCUUGCUACUUGCAGCUAUUGCCCUUUCUGCCUGCCGACACGACGUUUUGCUUGGCGCUCCGUGGCUUGAGUCACAACCUUGUGGAGGUCUCUCUUGCAUGCCACCGGGCGAUUCGGUCGCUCCUGCUCCAACGGCGACCGCGGGGCGCGGACAUGGCCGCGGUCUACGUCGGCCGUCUCUUCGCCGGCUACCCAAUCACGGCCCCGAUCGACGUGCUCACCACGAGCCUUGGCUACGUUCUCGCUGUCGACGACGACGCCGUCCUCGCAUACCUCGCGCUCGAGAUGCAAAAGACCAUCCGACGUACGUUUGGGACGCAGCCCGACGCGGCGGCAACGCUCGCUCGCCUUUUCUUCGAGCUGCUCAAGGUUGUCUCGCUCAAGUCGAUGGCCUUUUGCCUGCGCAUCGCCGAGCAAAUCGUGUUUGCCCACCCGUCGCUGGCAACGUCGCUCUACGAAGCCAUUUCGACGUCCUGUGAAGCGUCUCGCCGCACGCUCUUGAUUGAGUGGUACCUCGGCUUUUACCCGCAGCUUGAGUCUGUGCCCUCCAUGUUAUAAUCGCUUCCAUGUACUAAAGUGCAAGGGUGCAACGAACGCACUUCAACACAAAGUGCAAUCUCGCAUUUGGCGUGCUCCAAUAGGAAGCGAGCUUGCCAUCCAAGC